AUGCCACCAAAGGGAUGGAGAAAGAAUACGGAAGGGCAAUACCCCCAGCCGAACAAGGAUCAAGAUUUGGUAUCAAUUGAUGAUAUUUUAUUUCCUCGUGCUACGGUGCAGAAGCUUGCGAAGAAUAUUAUGAAUGCUAGCAGCGACGAAGGUGGAAGUAAUAUGAUUCUUGCAAAGGAUUCUAUGACUGCGUUACAAAGGUCGUCGACUGUGUUUGUAUCACACUUAUUGUUUCAAGCAAGGCAAAUUUCCAAAGAUGAAGGACGUAAAACGGUGAACGCACAAGACAUACUUGGUGCUCUUGAAAAGGCUGAAUUUUCAGGGUUUAUACCAGAGGUUAAACAAAAGUUGAGUGUAUAUGAGAGCAAUGCUGCUUUGAGGAAGAAACAUAAAGCUGAAAAGAAGGUGUCCAAGCCAGAAGGAGUUGAUGCUUCACCUCUGAGCAAGAGACUUAAAGAUAACGAUGAGCAAACUAUACAGAGAGACAACAAUGUAGAAAUAGAGGAUGAUCAUGAAGCUGACGAUGAUGACGAAGAUGUGACCGAGGAACUUGCUAAUGAUGAAGAAACGAAUAACAAGGAAUCUAAGGAAGAUGGCGAGGAAGAACUUGAUGAUGACAAGGAUAAUGGUGAGGUUGAAGAGAACCCGAUCGCUCUAUUAAGUAGAGAGGAAGAUGAAUUAAGAGGCGAAGAAGCAGCAGAUGUGGAAGACGUACAAAAUAGUUCUGAAGAUGAUUCGUAG